CCCGGUGGAAUCAACAUGUCCACCGCUGCUGCUCAGCGAAACAGCAACGAGGAGCCCGGGCUCCACGCCUCUUGGGUGGAUCUGGAGCUCAAUGGGAACACAGGGGCCGAGGGCGUGCAGGCCCACCUGCACAUGACACCCUCUGCCGACGACAUAAACGCAAAUGCAGAAGCGAGCCAAACCCUGCAGACCCUGGAAGUGGUGCCCGAGAAUGAUGAAAACUUCAUCGCAGGAUUAGAGCAUGUGCCGUCAUCCUCCUCCAUCCACAAUGGAGACAUGGAAAAGAUCCUCUUGGAUGCACAGCAUGAGUCCAGCCCAAGCAACUCUGCCUGUGAUAGUCCUCACAGGCCUCAAAGUCCAGAUCAGGAUGAGGGUCAGAUAAUGUUUGAUGUGGAGAUGUCCAGCUCAAGAAGUAGUCAGUCAGAGGAAGAUGGAUCAGAGAAGGACAGAGAGGACGACAUCCUGAUGAACAACGAAGUCGACUGGGUCGCUGAUUGGUCCAGCAGACCAGAAAACAUUCCACCAAAGGAGUUCCACUUUAGACAUCCUAGACGUUCUGAAUCACUCAGUAUUAGAAAGAGUGGCGCCAUGAAGAAAGGUGGCAUCUUCUCAGCCGAUAUCCUCAAAAUCUUCAUCCCUUCCUUACUCAUCUCACACAUCCUCGCUAUCGGCAUUGGGGUGUACAUCGGGAAGAGAAUUGCCACAGCCUCCACCAGCUCCUACUGAUGAGAGGAGGAAGCAGUGCCUGUAGGUUCUCCUGUCUCCAACCAUCGCCCUGUGGUCAAGAUGUCUCCCUGCACCUAUUGUACACCCACACUUCCUCCUCCUGUCUGCAUUCUGUUCCAUCGUAGCCGUUAUAGAAGUAAACACAUGACGUUAUGUGGUUGCACUCCAACAUGUUUUGACACAGAGUAACGUUGUACCCUAGCAGUCGUCACCAACUUGAAUCCCUUAGAUAACUGAUGCUGUUAGAGCUGGAAUACAUUAGUCAUCUUUUUCAACUCAAAACGAGUACGUGACAAGGAUUUGAUGUCGGACGGCUUCGGGGUGGUGUGUUUUUAUUUCUGAAAUUUCUCCCAAUUGUUUUUGAUUUGAUGUCACAAGUAAUCUGGCCUCGUCCUGGGCUGCACGUCUCCUCUGGGGUCUCAGCAGGCAGAGUGUGUACGCGCCAUAUCCCAAUACAAACCAACUGAAUUGGCUCUGGGAACAGAAGGGGUCUUUUAUUGUCGCCUUAACUUUUUCAUUUUUUUUAGCUUAACAUUCGCGGUGCAGUUAACUGAGGGUGGGCAACAAAUUGUGCUACACAAGUGGGAUUCGUUUUUUCAAUUCCACCGAUUUUUGAGCAUGGAAUUUGAAUCACGUUGACUCCUGAGCGUUUCUUUUUAAAGUUUUUAAGGUUGGAAAGCUUCAACACUGGCUCUGAAACUAACUAGACAGUGUGGCUGUUUGAGUAUAUUAUAAUGUUGGAACCAAUGAUUGAUGGCAGUUUACCAAGCCAUUUGUUAUUAUUAUUAUUUUUAUUUUUUUGCCUACAUAUCUUCUUUAAGACAUAAUAUAGCAGCAAUGGCAAAGUGCCAAAUUAAUAAUUUUCACCACCGCACAUUGGUGAUUUAAGACUGUUUCUCAUAUGUUUAAGUAUUUAAAGAUGUAGAUGUGAAACAUAAUUAAAACUGUGAUCUGCCCCAUGUAAUAGACGCCUUCUUGAUAUUGUUUAAUUUCUACUUACGUUGAUAAUGAUGCAUAUUAUAGCUUAUGCAUAGCGGCAGUGUAAUUAACGUGUCCUUGCUGUCAUUUAAUUGCUCAAGUGUCAGUUGCAGAAACCACCGCAGAGGAAGGUGUUUGCAGGGGACUCAUGUACAAGUGUUAUACAACUUUAAUCUAGUUUUCACUUUGCAAUCAUUUCACGUAGUAUGAUCAAUGAACAGAGCAUAUAGCGUGUUUAGAAUGUUGACAGAAACAGAUAUGUGAAGCAUUACCUGAAGAAGAUGCAUGUGAUUGCUGUUUAAUGAUGCUGGUUGGAAGACUGGAUGACUCUUCUGUCACUAUUUGAGGAUUGAUGACAUUAUAACCGUACAACGAUAAUGUACAGUACACUAGUUGUAGUGGCAUUCAGGCUUUAAUGCAUCAUAAGACAUACUAACUUAUAAGCUGUACAUGACAUCAUAUCAGGCUUAUGUACAGGUGAUCAGUGUGCAAUACAUUUUGAAGUUGAAUAAAGUUUGUACUGUAUACAGUGGCUGAGAUAUGAAUACUAAGGAAGUGAAUAGAACUUGAUGCAUUACUGAAGCCAUGAUAACUAAUAAAAUGCACAUAUCCUUA